GGCUUAUCACAUAACCCGAAGCGUGCAAGAGUGGCAAUGGCAGUGAAGCGUAGGUGAAGUGUAGGCGAAGCUUUAUCGAUAACAAACAGCGAUGAGUGGCGGGCGCUACCGAAGUGAGCUUCGACCUUUGUGCAAGGGUCCACCUCUUUCAAUGUACCGAUCAACAACGUCGCGUUUGAUCAAACGGGUCGCUGGACGAUUCGCACCAUGUCUGGGCUUGAGUCACUGAAAGACGUGGCAUUGCGCCCAUGGCCAGCGAACAAAACAGACGAAUUGAGCAGAGAUGCGCUACUACAACAGAUCGAGCAGCUCACAUCAGAGCGGGGUCAUUUACGCGACAUAACAGAGCAGUCGCUGCAAGCUAACAUUGACGCUGGAAAAGAUGUCUUCAAUGACGCGAAAGAGGGCUCAGAAGAUGACGAUGAGGAGAAGGAAGCCCCGUCCAUGAAAGAGAGGAAGGAUGAGAUUCUCAAGAUGCAGAGGGAGAUGGCAAGCCACCUGGACUGGGCUAGGUUCGCUGCCACCAAUGCGCUCGACCUCAUCUCCCUUGUACUCUCCGCCGACCCCAACAAGCGCGCUCCCACGUCUUUCAGUCAUACGUUCCGUGAAGCUGGUCUGAACCAAGGGCUUCCCUUUGGAUCUAUGGGUGUUGCUAGAGAGAACCAUGAGCACCAUGAGUUAAAGUCCGAAGAGAGACAGAGAAAAGAGGAACAGCAGAAAAGGCGGGACCUCGUGUCCAAGGCUGCUAGGAUGGAAGCGCUCGAUACUGCGACAGACGAAAUACUCAAGGCGGCGAGGAACCUGGAGAAGGAAGUUCGCAGGGAAACGAAGUACUGGCAAGAGAUCGUGUCUAUCUCGGACAAGGGCUGGCCCAUUCAGCGCUUGCGUCAGAAUGUGCGCCAUGUGCCCUUUGGUGUGAAAUAUGGGCUCCCUGAGGCCAGUGAUCACUUCAAAGCUCGUGGCUUCGCUCCCUUGCGCAUGGACAGAGACGGCAGUAUCAUCCUCGAUCCGUACCUCGCAUUGAAACCAAAGACCUUGCGUGUGAAAAUCAGCGAAGGCGGGAAGAUUAUCGGAUCAUCGCAGCUUCCCGUGGAGAGUGUAGUAGAGGGACUUGCAGUGGAGAAGUCGAUACGGCUUGCGAGAGACUCGCUACUUGAAGAAGAACUAUAUCACGAGAUGAGCUUGGAAACACGGCAGCUGCUACCAUACGGCGUUCGAUUACGAGAUUCCGUCAUAUCUGCGGAUGUGCCAGGAACGGAGACGUCAGUCACAGCUCGACAACUUCUGAUCGACUGUAUACCUCGGGACGACAAGAUCCCGGAUGGGCAGGGACACACAUACGACUGGCUUGCACACAGCAUUGCCGAAGCCUUGCGUCUCUUGUUGACCCACGAGCAUAGCAUGCGAUUAUACCGGAGGACUCAGCUUCCAUCUCCGCUGACAGCACGGAAACAAGAGAAGAAGUCACCGCCGCUUUUGCGUACUUUGCUCGCCAUGCUACACCAUUUACAACGUGUGGACUCGUUGUUCAUUUACCUCAACACCGUCUCGAGCACAUUGAGGAGCGCAGGGUUCGAGACACCACUCGAGACAAGUCGCGAGGAAUCCUGGACGAAACUCCGCGACACUCUCGGAAAGUCUACCAAAAAGGACCUCUCGGCAACGGACCAGCUCUUAGACAUCUUCACCAAGCCGUUUACGGGCAAAGCUACCUUGACUCUGCCAUCAAGUCAAGGCUCGCAAAUCGAGCAGCUGACCAUUGCGAUACGCACCGUCAUUGGCGCGCCUACCUUUGGUACUGAGUACAAGCUCGCGCUCCCAUCGUCUCUCGCAACGGAUCUUGGUCUUUCUACAGAGAACAAGUUUCAGUCCACAACAGACGUCACAUCGUAUCUUGACUGGAUCUUAUCACUGCAUGUGGCCCAUCGCGUGCUCAAGAACGAAUAUGCGAACCGGGCAGCUGCUAAGGGCAAUGAGGCUAGGGUGACGAUUGCGAGCAAAGGUAGCAAGAAUGGGGUAUCGGUCAAGCGAGAUAUCUCGGUCGAGCUAAGAGGAGGUCUGUUGGCAUUGCAUUUGUCGCAGGAAUCAUCGCAAGAGACACACUCUUGGUCCGGGAAAGGGGAGGAUGUGUCGCUCAAAGAACAGGUUAAGAGUUGGGUUGGGUGAGUGAUACAAACAAUGACCACCAUGGGUUUUACAUCCUUCCAAGUUCCCACGUUCCCAUGUUGGCCUUGGACGUUUCCUACUUCCUUGCUCAUGCCAUGGGUGUGCCAUGAGUGAUGUGUUGUUCCGUAAGCAACCUUGGAAGGUCAGUAUACAGCCAAGAGGCAUUUGGAUUGAGUGACGACACAUCAGCUGAUAUUUUAACUGCUGCCUUGAGAGACAUUCCC